GCGAGUGUCGCGCUGGAUGUUUGUGUAUGUGUGGUGUGUAGGUUAGCUAAAAUAGCGAGCCCACUGUCGACUAUUACCCGAAUACAGCAGUGAUGUUUGUGAUGUAGACAAUUACUGCAACACGGUGCGCGGUGAAAGCGACAUUUGGAGCGAUCGCAGUUCUCCUUUCAAACCUUUACACUGGCUGACAUGGACGAGCAGAGUGUCGAGAGUAUAGCAGAAGUGUUUCGCUGCUUCAUUUGUAUGGAGAAGCUGCGGGAUGCUCGUCUGUGCCCUCACUGCUCCAAGCUCUGCUGUUUCAGCUGUAUACGGCGAUGGCUGACGGAACAGAGAGCCCAGUGUCCGCACUGCCGGGCUCCCCUGCAGCUGAGGGAGCUGGUGAACUGCCGCUGGGCAGAGGAGGUGACUCAGCAGCUGGACACUCUGCAGCUCUGUAACCUCUCCAAGCAUGAAGAGAAUGACAAGGACAAAUGUGAAAACCACCACGAGAAGCUCAGUGUGUUCUGCUGGACCUGUAAGAAGUGCAUCUGUCAUCAGUGCGCUCUGUGGGGGGGUAUGCAUGGAGGCCACACGUUUAAGCCCCUGGCUGAGAUCUACGAGCAGCACGUCACCAAGGUGAACGAGGAGGUGGCCAAACUCCGCCGCCGGCUGAUGGAGCUCAUCAGCCUCGUGCAGGAAGUGGAGAAGAAUGUGGAGGCAGUGCGCGGGGCGAAGGAUGAGCGUGUGCGCGAGAUCCGGAACGCCGUGGAGAUGAUGAUCGCACGGCUGGAUAACCAACUCAAAAACAAGCUCAUCACCCUCAUGGGCCAGAAGACCUCGCUGACUCAGGAGACAGAGCUGCUGGAGUCUCUACUGCAGGAAGUGGAGCAUCAGCUGCGGUCCUGCAGCAAGAGUGAGCUGAUCUGUAAAAGCCCAGAGAUCCUGCUCAUGUUCCAGCAGGUCCAUAGGAAGCCCAUGCAGUCCUUCGUCACCACCCCCGUCCCACCUGAUUUCACCAGUGAACUGGUUCCUGCUUAUGACUCGAGCACCUUUGUCCUGGCAAAUUUCAGUACAUUGAGGCAGAGAGCAGAUCCUGUGUACAGCCCUCCGCUCCAGGUGUCGGGGCUCUGCUGGAGGCUGAAGGUUUAUCCGGACGGGAACGGCGUGGUUCGUGGAAACUACCUCUCCGUCUUUCUGGAGCUGUCGGCCGGCCUCCCCGAGACGUCCAAGUACGAAUAUCGGGUGGAGAUGGUGCACCAGGCCUCCAGCGAUCCCUCCAAAAACAUCAUCCGCGAGUUCGCCUCAGACUUCGAGGUGGGUGAAUGCUGGGGAUACAACCGCUUCUUCCGUCUGGACCUCCUGGCCAGCGAGGGCUAUCUCAACAUGCAGACAGACACCCUCAUCCUCAGGUAUCAGGUACGCUCUCCCACCUUCUUCCAGAAGUGUCGCGAUCAGUACUGGUACAUCUCCCAGCUGGAGGCAGCCCAGAACAGCUACAUUCAGCAGAUCAACAACCUCAAAGAGAGGCUGGCCAUAGAGCUGUUCCGCCGGCAGAAAUCACGGAGCGCCUCCCCCCCAGACGGCUGCCUGUGCCCGCCCACCAACUCCGCCUCCGGUCGCGACUCACGGCUGGACAAGAGAGCCGGCGCAGACGAGGGCCGCCAGGCGCCCGCCACGGGAACCGAGGAGGAGGAGCAGGAGGAAGAAAAGACGCAGCACGAUGACUCCAACGAGUUGUCCGACGGUGAUCUGGAGGUGGACUGUCUGACCGGAGACGAGGACGUGAAUCCGCUGGACGGCACCAGCUCGUCAGGGAGCUCCACAGCAACCAGCAACACGGAGGAAAACGACAUUGACGAGGAGACCAUGUCUGGAGAGAAUGAUGUGGAGUAUGGGGGGAGCGUGGAUCUGGAGGAGGGGGAGCUACAGGAUGACAUCAUCGGGGCUGCAGGAGGCUCGAGUGCAGGCGUGCGGGGCUUGAGGCGAGGGGCGGGGCCAGGAUCUGCCAGCCUGCUGGAGAUUGACCCAGUCAUCCUCAUCCAACUGCUGGACCUUAAGGAUCGCAGCCACAUGGAGGCGCUGUGGGGCGUCCAGCCCCGGCCACCCGCGUCUCUGCUCCACAGCCAACCAGCUGCCCUACCCUCGCGGAAGGAGCGAGAACGCCGCCCACAGGCUGUGCGCCGCACUGCGCCGGACUCGGGUGUGCUCAGCCGCCUCAAGGCGCAGAUGGCGGAGGUGCGCAGCAAGAUGUCGGACGUGAAGGGGCAGCUGGAAGCGCGCGGUGCGUGCGAGCAGCGAGGAGCGCCCUUGAGCUCAGCACUGGAGCCUGGCCUCUGCGCGGAGCCCCAGCCAGCAGGUGCACGCAAGGCCAGAGAGCUGGACCUGCUCUUCAAAACCCACGGAGCCUCACGACACACACGCCAGGGAGGGAAGAAGGCAGGCUCCCCUAAGCAGGAGGUGGGCGGGGCAAUGGGAGGCAUGGCCCUACGCAGGACCGGGGAGGCUGGUGAGAAGGAGCUGAGAGGGGCAGGAGGAGACGUGUCUAUGGAGCCUCCCAUCUGCCCUAGAGAGGGGGCGUCUCCUGCAGACGGCCCCCCGAAGGCCCCAAUCAAGCCAUCUUCCAGCAGCCCCUGCUCCUCAGACAAAGCCUCCGGCCCCAGAGCGGACGAGCCUGCGUACGGGGCCCCGGCCAGCGACGCCUUCAGCCUCCCCGCUCUGAACGGAGCACCCCCUCCAGGCGCUAAACGCCGCAGGACGCCCUCUGUUGGUGCGGGGCUUUUGACGGACAGCUCUUUAGACAUUGAGCAUGAUGACUCCAGCGAAAUCCGCCAAUCACUGCUGACGCUCAGCAGUAGCGAGCCCUCCUGUUCCUCCUCCCGGCCUGAUGAAGGGCUACUGUGUCAGAAGCAGCCUCCUCACUUGGUAGCAGUGAGCAGUGACAGUGAGGUGGAGUGUGACAUUGAGAACGAGAGUGAGGCAGUGCCUCUGAAUGCUGUGGACCACGAGUACGACACCCACUCUCUGCCCUGCCCUGGAGAGCAGCUGAUGGUAGAUGAUCUGAGCUUCAUGACGGGAGAUGGCACGGAGAGUAGCCAGGGUGGUUCGCUCUGGCCUUCUGAACGACAUCUGGGGGAAAUGCAGACCCUUCUGCAGAUGGUGGAGCUGCUGCUUCUAAACGGAGGGGCUCGACCGCCGGGCAGGUGUAGAAAGCGGUUCUAAUGCUGCCACGCACCGCGGCAAAGAAGAGUCUGCUCCACCGCUGCACAGCUUGCCGGCUCAAAAUGUCUUACAUUUCACGUUCCCACGUUCAUUUCACGUUCCCACGUUCAGCUUUUAUUUAAUAUAAUUUUACUUUUUCUGUGUGUUCAGUUCCGUUUGUGUACUGUUCGAAUGUUUGUGGACUUGUUUGAACUUGUCAUAAUAAAUAUGUUCCCUCUAGAACCCCCCCCGCGUCUCAGGUGGCUCAGAGCAUUUGUGUGUCGCUCAGGUGAGCUUCCCGCGGUCCUGUUUUUCAUGCUGCUCCACCCAGCCCUGAUUGUGAUCUGGAAUGAGCCAGAAGUGGCCCUAUUUUUAAAUGCAUUCUGUUGGAAACUGAGUAGCUGGGAUGUUCAGACUCUGAGUGCAUUCGACUGUCCCUGAACCCCCCCCCCCCCCC